UUGCCGUGUAAAAAAUGUAAAGUGAAGCCGGUGAUCCUUUUGUUCCGAAUAAUCUACAAUUUUAUGUAAAAUACGUGUAAAAAUCGAUUGUUCCCGAUGACCGCGAGUUGUUCCACCUUCGUCACACUGGUGGCCAUGGGGAUACUGCUUCGUGCAGUCAUUUCCCUGUAUUCCUAUUCCGGGGAGAACAAACCUCCCAUGUUUGGUGACUUUGAAGCCCAAAGGCACUGGCAGGAAAUUACGGUCAAUCUCCCGAUCAAGGAUUGGUACGAAAACACCACGGACAAUGAUCUGCUUUACUGGGGUUUGGAUUACCCCCCGCUGACGGCGUACCACAGCUUCCUGGUUGGGAAGUGGGCUCAACUAAAAGAUCCGUCGUUUGUGGACCUCCAUGAAUCUCGUGGCAUCACCAAUGAUCGACAUAAGGACUACAUGCGAAACACUGUCCUACUUGCAGACCUACUGGUAUAUAUCCCAGCGAUUUUGGCCGGCUGUUAUGCAAUCCGGAGGAAAAUACUCGGUGGAAGUGUAAUGGGCAGCGACGUACUAUCCAUGUUAUUCGCGGUGCUCUAUCCGGGGCAGAUGCUUAUUGACAACGGGCACUUUCAGUACAACAAUGUAUCGUUGGGAUUUGCAGCAGCAGCGAUAGCGGCCAUACUUAUGGAAUGGAAUCUCCUGGGAUCGUUUCUGUUCGUGCUGGCGUUGAACUACAAACAGAUGGAACUGUACCACGCUUUGCCGUUCUUCUUCUAUCUGCUUCAGUGGUGUUUCCGAAGUUCAAGGGGAUUACGUUUCGGAACAGGGAUAUGGAGAUUAUUCCAAGUGGGAAUGGUGGUCGCGGUGUCCUUCCUGGUCAUUUGGAGUCCAUGGCUUUGGUCGAUGGAUUCCCUAAAGCAAGUGGUUCACAGAGUGUUUCCCGUUACAAGAGGAGUCUUCGAGGAUAAGGUGUCGAACAUUUGGUGCAUCGUGAACGUGUUUGUUAAAUUGAGAAACUACCCGAAUUCUUUCAUGGCAAUUGUUUGCAUGAUGCACACACUGCUCGCCGUGUUGCCGAGUGGAGUUCACCUUCUAUUCAGAGCAUCGAAGAGAAACUUUAUACUAGCACUUUUGAACUCUUCCCUCGGAUUCUUCCUUUUUAGCUUCCAAGUACACGAAAAGUCUAUCCUUCUUGCUGCCCUUCCAGCGCUCCUAAUCUUCCAAUUAUAUCCUUUCGAGUGCUUUUGGUUCCUUCAGAUAGCCACCUUCAGCAUGAUUCCCCUUCUCCACAAAGAUGGCCUUCUGAUGGCGUAUCUUGCUCUCCUACUGUUUACCCUUACCCUACUCAAUCUUUCCAUACAUGCAUUGAACAAUUUCAAACCCGUCGGAAAGAUUUCCUUCAUAGACAUUUUCAACAUCGGAACGUUCCUGCAAAGUGACGGCAGCCGAAAAUCUGCAAAGCUCAACAUAGCGCUGGUUCAUACCUUCUACGGAUCGCUGGUGGGACAGUUUUUGCUGCUAUUUGCCUUCAUCUAUCUGCAACCUCCACCGCAGUUACCUUUCCUUUGGCCGCUGCUCAUCUCCGCCUACAGUUGUGGGCAUUUUGUGCUGUUCUUUAUCUACUUCAACUAUCGACAGUUCUUUUCAAAUGAUAAUGCUGCAGCACCCGUCACAACGAAUACGAAUGCACAACGUGGCACCACCGCUGGAAAAAAGGCUGAGAAGCGCAAAGUGAAAUAAAGAAACUACUGAGAGAC